AUGAUCAUUUUGGAUGGACCGAAGCUGUUUGAUCGUGUUUCAAAGGUUGGGUUUGAGAGUUGGAAGCAUGAUAUGCACGGCAUGAUAACGGAUUAUCUCUUUGUCAAUUGUACCCAUGGUUGGCCAUGUGGCGAGAAAGAGAUUGUAUUUCGGACUUGUAUUAUCAAGUCGCUGGUCAAAUAUGAGAGAAUGGUGGUGGCAUCUCUAUUGGAACUUAUGGCAUGGAAGCUGAACUGUUUGCAUUUGAAUGGAUCCGGCAAGUUCCAAACAAUGCAAGGUAUUCUGGACCAAUCGGCCAUCGAUGAAAGUUUUGACCCGGUGGAAUACAAGCAUCAGUGUCGCUUUUCGAGCAACGUUGGUGUCAUUAUGGAGCGCCUUCUAGAGUUCCUUUGGUAA